UUCAGUGUGACAGUGUGCCUGGGAGGGCUGCAUUCCAGAGCACCAUUUAACUGCGCUCUCCCCGAUCUGGGCUACAACUACUCAUUACCUAUUUCAACGAACAGCUUUUUGACUUUUUGUAUGCUCGGAUUUCCUUUCCACUUGGACUUCUCGAAGUGAAGAGUCGGGCAACCAACUAAAAGGAAGCCUAAACCAAGAGGUGGAUGCUGUGGUGGCCAUGUUCCUCUGAGUUUGAUUGACAGGCCAAGAUGGAGCUGAAGGUAUGGGUGGAUGGCGUGGUCAGGGUGGUGUGCGGCCUAUCAUUGGAGACUUCCUGUCAGGAUGUGGUCAUCGCCCUCGCACAGGCUAUUGGUCAGACAGGUCGCUAUGUUCUCAUCCAGAAGCUGCGAGGCACAGAGAUGCAGCUUGUGGCAGAUGACUGUCCCUUAGAGUCUCUGUCUUAUCUGGGUCAGCUGGCCAUCGAGGUCCAGUUCAUCUUGCGUCGCACAGGCCCCUCCAGCACUGACGGACCUAACAGACCCACCCUGGAUAGGGUCCACCCUUUGCUCAGGCACCCUACACCCAUGCCCUCCAGAUGCCGAGAGCCGAAGAAGGCCCUCACUUUCAACCUUGGUCCUUCUACAAUCCCCAGAAGGACUAAAGCUAACAAGGCCUGGUCACCUAGUCCAAGAGCCUCACCAGAGCCCAGGGCCUCGCCUGUUCCAUCCCUGGUCUCCCCCACCGCCUCCCCUCCCCCACUCUCCCCUUCUGACCCAUCCAAGGAGGAGGUCUUCAGGCAGGUGCUGCAGCAGCAGGAGGUGCUAAAGGACCUGGAGUCCCAUCUGGUGGCUUUGGAAAGGGAGGCAGAGGUGUGGGAGAUGGGGAGGCCUGUAACUCCUGUCCCAGGCCUGAAUCCAGGCCUAGUAGAGGAGAUGGAUGUGCUGGAGACAAGAAUGAGACAGAAUGAGGCAGAGCUGCAUGGGGAUUACUGGGAGAAGCAGAUGCAGCAAGAGAAGGACAAGGAGCAGGAUAUCCAGGGACAUCUGCACCAACUCUACGCCUCUAUGGAUGAAUACAACUUCCGGCUCAAGGACCUCCAGAGCCAUUCAUCCAGGCUGGGGCAGGACUUUCGUGUUGAGGCCCGCAGACGGAGCUCUCGUCCGGGCACCCCGCAACCAGAGGAGGCCCUGGGACCGCUGAGGGAGGAACUACACAAUCGGCUUCAGAAGGGGGCAGAGGUGGACAUGUCAUUGACAGAGACGAAAAAAGCAUUACAGACUGCAGAAUUACGGUUACAGGAGAGGUGUGAGGCGCUGGAGGAGCUGAACAAGGAACUGAGGCAGUGUAACCUGCAGCAAUUCAUCCUGCAGACGGGUGUUCCCCCUAGCCCCUCUUACUCAGACCAUCCCCUCCCCGACCAGACACACCCCCACCUCCAGCCCAUCGCCACGCCUUACCUCUGCAUAGCAGGACUACUGGAGGAUGACCAGACUGACACUCUGACUAUAUGCUAGAAGCCAGAAGACGCCCACAGGACUCUGAGGGAGGAGCUACACAGCUGGCUGCAGCACAAAGCGGAGCCGGACAUGUCACUUGCUGACUCAGUAAAAAAACUCAUGGGAGCAUCUGGAUGACUCUCCAAUUGCACUGUGUGUGUGUGUGUGUGUGUGUGUGUGUGUGUGUGUGUGUGUGCGUGUGUGUGUGUGUGUGUGUGUGUGCGUGUGUGCGUGUGUGCGUGUGUGCGCGUGUGCGCGCGUGUGCGCGUGUGUGUGUGUGUGGUGAGUGUGCGUGUGUUUAACUAUUCUAGUAAACAAACAAGAUGUUGACCAACUGGGGAUAUUUUGUUAGUCCCCACGAGGUCAAAUGCUAUUUCUAGGGUGUAUAGGGUUAGAAUUAUUUUGAGGGUAAGGUUUAGAUUCCAGGGUUAGUUUUAGGGUUAGGAGCUAGGGUUAGGUUUAAGGUUAGGGUUAAGGUUAGGUUUUUGGGUUAAGAUUGGAGUUAGGGUUAAGGGUAAGGGUAAAAGUAUGGGUUAGGUUAGUGUCAGGUUUAGGGUUAGGAGUUAUGGAAAAUAGGAUUUUGAAUGGUACUGAAUUGUGUCUCCACAAUGUUAGCUGUACCAGACGGUGUGUGCGUGUGCAUGCGGACAUGUUUUUCUAUACUUGUGAGUACCAAAGUCCUCGCGCGACAAACUAUAAUUCAGAGAAGUGAGGACAUUUUGCCAAGAAGGCUAUUUUAGGGUUAGUGGAUAGGUUUAGGUUUAUUGUUAGGGGUUCAGGUUAGGGUUAAGGUCAGUGUUAAGGCAAGGGUUAGGUUUAAGGAAAAUAUGAUUUUCAAUGGGAAGAAAAUGUUAGUUCACAAAAAGUCCUCACAGGUAUAGUAAGACAUAGCUCUGUGUGUGUGUGUUUGUGUGUGUGUGUGUGUGUGUGUGUGUGUGUGUGUGUGUGUGUGUGUGAGAGAGAGAGAGAGAUCUAUAGCCGGUGGAUUGGUUGACUUUUAAUACAGUAUAUGCAACAUUCUAGUAUUAAUGUAUCUAUUAACUUUAAAAUAUGUUAUUAAAUAUUAAUUUCCUAAAGACGUACUCCCUAUGCAAUAAAGAUUAC